AUGCCUUUCCGAAAUCUGAAAUUAUUAAUAAUACUCAACAAAGCUUUGGGUACGCUUUCGUGCAAAUUGGUGAACAGCCGACUGAAAUCAAGCAGCACCUGGAACCGUUAUUUCUGUAUGGCUUGGUUCUUGUUUCAUUGUUUAAAUGCGAGUGUCUAUUAUUACAAUAUAAACGUCGCAACACCUGAAACAGAUAAAAUUGGCCUUGCUCUUGCCAACCUACGAUUUGGUACGCAUACUGCCUCCUUACUCCCUUACCCCUUUGCGGCAGCCUUUUGGAGCGAGCAUUUCGUUAAGUUGUCCGAAAAACUCGAGAUGUAUGAUGAACAGGCGAUAACAUUAGGUCAUCCAAGGAAGGACAAACACGUAUUCAUUUAUCUGUUCUUCAUAUACACGUUUGUCGCAUCAGGUUGUACGGCUUAUUACGACAUUAGGGAAGGUAUAGCGAAAGGAUUCAUGGGGAUAUUAAAGGUGAUGCAAGAUACAGUUCCUGUUAUAAGUGGAACUUAUUGCGUCUUUAUCACGUGCAUAUUUCUGGAUCUGAUACGCCAACGUUUUCGUCACCUGAACGAGACGAUAAUUCCUCGCGUUUCGAAGUUACCGGUAACCGGGUCGCAGGGCGAGAUCACGGUGUACACCGUACGCCAAUUGCACGGUGUGCUUCUCGACGGUGCCAAACUGAUAAAUGCGUUAUACGGAAUAGGCGGUUUGUUCACCUGCUUGUUUUUAUUGCUGCAAUAUCUUAUGGUUAUAUACAUAUUCGUAAUAGAUUUAAAGGAAAACUUGGAUAUGGAAGAUAACGUCGUAGACACGUUAAACUUAUUGUUUCAAACGAUUUACUUUGCCGCAAUGUAUCACUUUACAACCUACGAGGUGAAUCGCGUUGAAGAUCGCGUGAUAAAAUACGGUUUACCUUUUUCGAGCAAAAAAUGCCGCAUGGACAAAAUUGAAAUGAUGUUAUAUUUUUACCACAGAAGAUAUUUUUUCACAGCCGCGCAAUUCUUUCAACUGGAUGUGACGAUAUUUCUUCCGGUAAGACAAGUUUAUCCUCUAUAUCGUUACUAAACAAUAAAUUCCAUUGUAUUUCAGAUGACUACUGCCGUAUUGACGUACAUAGCUUUAAUAGUAUAAAUCAUAAAUUGGUUAAUUACAAUCAAAAUAUAAAAAGUAUAUAUGCUUGUAACAAAUAUGUACAUUAAAAUGCGAUCUAUAUAGGCACGUUAAGUUUUUGUACUGUGUUUUGAUUUAAUCCGUUUCCUACGACUUACAAUUAGACUUUGCUGAAAUCGU